UGAGUUGUUUCGAAUGUUCGAUACAAACAAUGACAGAUCUAUAUCGGCGCAGGAGCUUGGCAAGGCAAUGAAGUUCUUAGGUAUGAGUCCUACAGAGCAGGAGGUUUCAGACGCCAUGAGAGCACUCGAUGUUAACGGUAAUGGACGAAUCGAAUUUCAGGAGUUCUAUGCGUUUAUGCAAACAGAGCUGUCGAAAAUCAGUGACGGCGACUUUACGAACAGGGAAGAAGUCAUUCGAUCAGCAUUUAGAACGUUUGACAAAGAUGGAAAUGGUUUUAUUGAUGCCAAGGAAUUGAGAACUGCCAUGAAGAAGCUCGGAGAAUGUUUGACAGACAAGGAAUUAGAAGAUAUGAUGAAGCAGGCAGAUGUUGAUGGUGAUGGUAAAAUUAACUACGAAGAAUUUGUCAAGAUAUGGUGUGAAGCAACAUAGCUGAUAUACAGUGUAUACAUGGAUCAAAUUGUUUUGCAACGAUGCCACCUUAGAAACAAAGAUCAAAGAAGAAAACAUAUUUCCAUAUCAGCAAUCAUAACCUCAAUUAAAAUCGUAGUGUGACAAACAAUUAGCACUAGGCAGGAAUAUCGGUUCCAUAAUGAACACAUACGUCAUAGUUUGAAAUUAUCCAUAAAAUGAAUAUGUUUCUAUUGAGAGUGUCGUAUAUUUUAACAUAUCAAUUUCAUUAUUGUAUGGACAGACAACUCAGCCAAAAGUAGAAUACUAGUAUAUGUCUAGCUUAAAUUUGAGUUCAUUUAAAUUAAAUGUUAUCUUGGGUAAACAAAUGUGUUCCCUUUUUUGACCUUCAUAUUUUUCUGAACUCAAUACCGUGAAAGUCGAAAUCACAAAUACACAACGAUAAAGGUCCAAACCACGAUGGUGUUAGUCGAAGUCACGAUGGAAGUGCGAAAGUUCAAGUCUCGAAACCUCGAUGAUGGAAAAGCGUUAUCGUUUGGUUUUUCAUAAUCAUAGUUUCGACCUUCAUAAUCGUGGUCUCGACAUUCGACUUCCAUCGACGCAGUUUCGACAUCCACCUUCGUAAUAAUGACUGUUAUAUUGUAAGCACCUGAUGACAGCAGAAGUACUGACUGCAAUAAAAAAAAAACCCUAUUUUUUGAUGCGACUAUGUAUAUGAUAUUAGUGAAACUUAAAACAUGGUGCUGCAUUUGUCAUAGAUAAGUCAGGGAUUUAUAGUUUACAGACAGUAUCUGUCUGGCAAUAUGCAGAUGGUUUUAUCCCAAAACUGGCGUAUGACAGUUAAGAUGCUGAAGUGACCAUUUAUUGUAAUUGAUAACGUAAGGCGGUUCAGGAUACAUUUUUUCAGGUAUUAUGAAAUGUCAUGUGAACGAACUGUGCAUUUUUAUUAAAUUUUACACUCGAUAGUUUACCAUUUCCGUUUUUACUGGUAUGUUUGUUGUUUUUUUCUUGUCUCUUUUUUUUGUUAAUUAUAAAAUUACUUUUUUCUUUUUUCUGUUUCAUAUGUUUUUGUUAAUGUUUUACUAAUAAGGUGUUGUAUUGUAUAUGAAGGACACGGGAAAACCAGUUUAUACUCCUCGAACACAUCUAUAUCAUAAAUGGAUUUUUGAAGUAUAUACCUCGUAUUGUUUGCGUUGAAAUCAGUUUCUAUUUAGAAUCAAAACAAAACUAUAUUUUUAAAUUGGUUAUAUCACAGAAGCCACUCGUGAUUGCGGAUUUGACAAAAGAUAUAGCAGCUGAUCAUUGUACAUUAUUUUUGCGAAUCCACUUAAAUUCUCAUAAUGCUGAAUAAGCUUUUUAUUGCAGUGAGCAUUGAAUAUGCAAUUACUAUACAUGUAUAUUCAUUUUUGCGAAGCAUACAAGACUUAGUUAUGAAAAAUUAUAUUUAAUCACUGUUUUUAAAUGUUUGAAUAAAUAUUUUCCCAUCCUGAUUC